AUGAUAAAAGAUAAUUUAUCUACUGGAUCUCUAACUCAUGAUUUUCAUUCGAUUGAAUUAUGUUUUGGACAUAAUCCAGUGUUUUUUUCAGCAUCUGAAAUAGGUUUUCUAUGUGCAUUUGUUCGUUUGACUCUUGAACGUCGUCUUUCAUCUAGUCAUUUAUCUGAACUAUUCUUUCAUAGUGAUCUAUUACAAUCCUUAUAUAAACGUGAAGCUUUUCUACCUGCAGAUGAUCGAGGUCUACGAAAACAAUUUUUAGCUCAUGUUGAAUCUCUUCAAUUACUUGAUUAUAAAUGUUUUUCAAAUUCUUAUGCAGAUAUUUAUGUUAUAUUUUAUGUUAUUAUUUUUCGUAUCAGGGCGCGAUCUACAAGAAUCUCUAGUAUAACAACUGCUAACCAUCAAAAACUGCACUUAAAAUUAAAUUUAAAGUUUCCUUGUGGAAGAUGGUUGAAUAACAAUAAUGGAUUGUUCGAUUUUGGAUCAUCAUCUCAAUUAAUGACAACAAGUUUAAUUAGUGGUGGAUCUCAAACAAAUCGAUUGGCUUCAGUACCAUCCCGAUCACCUCGUUUUACGACGUGUCAAUGA